AUUUUGAAUUUGUUAUUUGAUGAUCGCAGAAGUUUCAACACAGGAUUGUUUUGAGUCCUAGUGGUAAAAUGACAAGGUAGCACGUUGCGUAUCUUCUCGAAAACAACAAUUCUUGUGAAAUGGCCAAUCCGCUCCGUGGAGAGGUGGUGCGACUAUACAAAACUCUGCUCUUUCUUGGACGGGAGUACCCAAAAGGAGCAGACUAUUUCAGAGAAAGACUACGGGCUGCUUUUGCCAAGAACAGGGAUGUGCAAGACCCAGAGAAGAUCAAAGAACUCAUCAACCGUGGAGAAUUUGUGGUGAAAGAGCUUGAAGCGCUGUAUUACCUACGAAAAUACAGAGCUUUAAAGAAGCGAUAUUAUGAUACAGACAAGUGACUGCUGAAAGUAUGAAUGUAGAGAAAUCAACUGUAUUAUAAAAGGAAAUUUACAAUCUAUUUGUAAUUUAAAAAAUAAAUGAAUAAACAAUAACAUUACAAA